UAUCCACAGCUUAAACCAUCGAUCCAGUUUGAACUUCCCACAGAGAGAGAGAGAGAGAGAGAUGGCAGGUGGUGUAUUGGAGGUCACAUUGGUUGAAGCUCAGGGUCUCAAGAACAUGGAUUUUUUUGUAAAGAUGAACACGUAUGUUAUAAUCCAAUAUGGAAAUCAAAAGCAUACAAGCAACGUGGCCAAAGGAUCAGGAACGAAACCAAUAUGGAAUGAAAAGUUUACAUUCAACGUGGAAUAUCCUGGAGGCGCAGAUCACAAAUAUAUGCUUUGGUUUCGUAUCAUGGACACCCAAAAGCUCUUGGACCAUGAUGUAGUUGUCGGUGAAUCUAAGGUGUACGUGAAGGAUGUGAUAGCGUUGGGCACAGAGAGAGGAAAGGCUGAACUUCGAUCUGCAAAGCACAGAGUUGUCCUUCAAGACAAGACUUAUGCCGGAGAGAUCUCUGUUGCUUUAACUUUCACUUUAAAUUCAUAAGCAAAUUGUUGUUCAAAAUCCAAAUGUUCUCAGUUCACGAAUAAAUAAUCAUGAUUG